AGGAGGAAGGAUUGGUAUACAAAUUACAACGCGAGAAAGUAGUUGGGAGUUAGGAAAAUGGCUCUGGUUCCUGAGGUAAGUCUAAGCUCUUCUUGUGAUCUUAAAAUGCCUGUUAUAGGCAUGGGAACAUCAUCGUACCCUCCUGUAGAUCCUGAAACAGCAAAAGCUGCAAUCAUAGAAGCAAUCAAAGCAGGCUAUCGCCACUUUGACACAGCCUAUGCAUACGGGUCUGAGAAGCCUCUAGGAGAAGCAAUAGCCCAAGCUCUAAGUCUGGGCCUUAUUAAGUCUAGGGACGAGCUCUUCAUCACUUCCAAGCUAUGGGCUAGCUUUGCUGGGAGAGAUCUUGUGGUGCCAGCAAUCAAGAUGAGUUUAAGCAACCUUAAGUUGGACUACCUGGAUAUGUAUAUAAUACAUUGGCCCUUAAAAUUGAGCCAAGACGUGCGUCAAAUGCCCAUUGCAAAGGAACAAGCAUUUCCCUUAGAUAUCAAGUCUGUCUGGGAAGGCAUGGAGGAAUGUAAGAAUCUUGGCCUCACUAAGGCCAUUGGUGUCAGCAAUUUCUCUUGUAAGAAGCUGGAGGAGCUUCUUUCAGUUGCCAAAAUUCCUCCGGCUGUCAAUCAAGUCGAGAUGAACCCACUUUGGCAGCAGAAGAAAUUGAAGGAGUUCUGUCAGGCAAAGGAUAUUCAUAUUACCGCUUACUCUCCACUGGGUGCAAAUGGGACUAAAUGGGGAGACAAUAGGAUUGUAGAGUGUGAUGUCCUGGAAGAGAUUGCUAAGGCACAUGGAAAAACUACUGCCCAGAUUUCUUUGAGAUGGGUGUACGAGCAGGGGGUGAGUUUGGUUCCAAAGAGCUUUAACAAGAAAAGGAUGAACGAGAACCUUCAGAUCUUUGAUUGGUCCUUGACUGAGGAGGAGUCAAGCAAGAUCAAUCAGCUUCCUCAGCGCAAGGGAGUAACGUUUGCCUCUAUUUUGGGACCCCAUGACCUUGUGCUGGAGCUUGAUGCAGAGACAUGAUGCUAUAAUCUUAUUGGUGUUGCUUCAAUAAAAUAUAAAUAUUUAUAUAAUAAAACUUAUAGUAUUUCGAAUAUCACUCAAAUUCCAAUAAUGUUCUUGUCACGAGCUAAUUAAAUUCGAAUGAUAUGGGACUCUAGGAUCUACCGUGUAUUAGUCAUUGGUUUCCAAGCCAUACAUUAAGGCUGUGUUUGAACUGAGCAUAAAAUGUUUUUAGAGUAUAAAAUAUUUUCAAGUGUUUGGU